AUGCGCAUUACCGUUCUUCUGCUUCUAGCUCCACUUUCUUUCGUUUCUGCUUGUGAUAUUAAAGCUACUCUUGAGUCAGAAACGUAUCAUGACGUCUGGGUCAAAGCAACGUUUUUCAACGAUACAGUUCAAACGUAUAAAUUGACUGAAGAGCAACCGAAAAAGCAACUUCAUAUAAAAGGAUUAUUUUGCAACCUGAAACCAACAAUCUUCGAAGUUUUUCCUGACAAACCACCGAAACCAGGUCAGAAAUCAGAGAAAAGCACUCAGGCAUUCAUUGAAGGUGCUGGAUUUAUCAACUACGUCGUUCUUAACGAUGGUAUUUUCAUGGGAAUGAGAACUGGAGUCGCAUGUGCUGCCGGAGAUUGCGGAGCUUCCAGAGGAUAA